UCUCGCGAGAAUACAGUAAACUCAUCGCUGUCAUGUUAGACUGGCUCAUUGUCUCUUUCCCAGCUUAUAUUAGCACAAGAAAAGCACAAAGAGUCCCUCUACAGACAAACCGAGCCAAUCUCCAAAAUAGUAUCAGUGCGAGCAUGGCUGAUAUACAGUCGGAUAACGUGAAAGUUCUUGAAAUUUUUGAUGCUGCAGCUAAAUUGCAGCAUGCCAUUGAAAGAAGUGACGACCCUACAAAUUCACGCGAGUACCAGGAGAAGCUCAAGAAAUGUGUUCACAUGUUGGAAGAUGUCACAAUGAUGGUGUCACACUUAGGUGUGUUUAGCUCUAACGAGGCUGUGGAAGAAGUAGGCACGAAUGAUUUGAGAUAUUUCUUGUUACCAGCACUGCUUGGUCACCUGAGUCUCAAUUUGAUGGGGGAGGAUACCAACAGAUCUGACAUCUUGAAGGUGGCAGAAGUGUACCACCGGGACUUCUUGCGGCGUUGCCAUGACUACGGCGUGACCACGGUCGAGGCUCCUGAGCCGAGCGAGGACAGCGAACACCGGCACCCUGGGCGGCCGGACGUCGCCGCGAUGGGCCGGCAGCGCGACGAGAAGAUCAGGCGAUUCAGGGAACAGAAGGAGAACGAGGCGCGUCUGGCUGAACUCAGUAGCGCGGUGGAGAAUCAACGGGUGGACGACGAAGUAAAAAGAGAAUUUUAUUUGUUAAACAUUCAGAAAUGGAUACACAAUGCACUAGAGGACUUACAAAGCAUUAUCAUGGAAAAGCAGGUUUUAGAACACAUGACCAAGAGGAAAGCGCAAGGCAAGGGAGAGGAAGCGGAGAAACGACCGCCUCCUAAAGCUACUUUCAAACCUGUUAUUAUAACAAAAGACAAGCUGCAGGCGGCCGUCUUUGGAGCAGGUUAUCCUAGCCUACCCAUCUAUACUGUUGAUGAAUUUAUAGAGCAACGUUAUGGCAACAUGGAAGCGGCAUCACAAGCAGGUAACAGCUUGAUGGAUAGAGCAAUGAACCCAGAGGAAGCAGCAAACGACGAUGAAAAGGAGGCUACAGAGAAGGAAGAAGCACAGGAGAGAGAUGAUCCAGCUGCCCUUGGCAAAGCUCGUGAUUGGGAUGAGUGGAAAGAUGAUCACCCAAAAGGCUAUGGCAACAGAAUGAAUCGAAGUUAGUCAAGCAACCGAGGACAUCUGCCAUUUUCCAUUUCCCCUGGCAGGUUUUUCCAAAGACACUCGGUUUUUCUGCAGUGUAAUGCAACAGCUGAAGAUGGAUACUGUGUGGCACUCUCCCACUCAAUAACUAAUCAUGAUUCAUCCUUCCUGCUUUAUAGGCAAUUAUGUAGAAGACUAGUGAGAAGAACAGCAUAAGGGUUAUGACAUGAGGUUAAAUUUCAAGGUGAACUUGGCCACUUGGGACUUCUGCUUAGAUCUAACGUCGGCAUACCAACAUUUAACUGACCAUUAUAUCAGGAGUGAAUGAAAUCAAAUUUGGUUUGAUUCACGCCUCAUAAUUAUUAUAUCACAAGUUCUCACUUCCCAUCUUAAAAGUUGCAUUGCAACGAAUAUGUACUAAAAUGCUUCAUGGUGAUGUAAGGUGUUAUGACUGUAGUUCAUAGCUUGCAAGUAACUGUUGGCUUCAUUAACAAUCUGGAAAGUGUAUGUACUGGUUUAUUUACAUAAGUGAUAACUGCCUGACUGCAGAUAAGCGAAGUACAAAACAGAGGACUGCUUCACAGAUGGACUAUUGAGUUUGAUUAGCAUUGUUGUAUUUUAUUCCCCUAUUAGAUUGUAUUGCGUAUGGUUAAAUGCAUGAAUCGCAACUCAUCUCCAUUGCAUUCUGUCAAAGAUGCCUGACCAGGAUAUAAUACACAGCAUUUUGUAACAGUAUCUCGAAUUAUAAGAAACAAUAAACCUGCAGAUUUGUUUUGUUAUUUAAAA